AUGCGAACCCUGGACGCCACUCUCGCGCUCAUGUCUGAAGACGUAUCGAGCACAUAUGACCCAUCGAUACCACUCGAUGCACAUGCGGACAGGCCGCCUUCAGCGCUGAUCUCGGACGCGAUCGGAUCCCCUACGGCCCAUGAGCCACCCGCAGCCCAGAUGCCCUCUGCCGCAGGUUCACACGCGCCGCCUUGCCAGUCAACGAACGCAUGCGGGAGCAUCGGUGUCGCUCUUGCUGCGACCGCAGCCUACCUCGCUAGCGUAUCUAGUCUCCUCGACAAGGCGCUGGGCAACUCAGACCCUGCCUCGGCGGUCUGCCGCGGGGCAGUGGCGGGGAAGACGAGCUACGAUCUCCCCGGAUCUUGCACUCAGCCCUCGAACACCUUACAGCUGCCAUCGGCUCACAGCCUAUCCUCCACGACCUGA